AUGGCCAACUUUCAAUUACCUCUACAAGUCCUGAAUCUUUUACUUUUCUUUCACAACACUUUGCAACACAACUUUUCUGCUCAACUGGUGAAGGAAAUCGGUCAACAGACGAAUGAGAGUUAUGCGUUACCAGUGUUUAAUAUAGAAUUAAUUCUCUACCAAAUCCAUGUCGCCCAAGUGAUUGACAAUGAUCCCAAUUUAGAGAGAGACUUGAUUAUAGGAGAGGGAGCCUCCAAGCAAGCAAGCAAAGAAAUAGAAAACUUGGGAUUUAUAUACAAGAAAGCCUGGAGGUCCAAAUUGGAGAUGGUCAAUAAAGUGGCGGUGCCCCAGGAACCCUUGUCAAAGAAGUUAGAUCUGGUAUCCGACUUGCUGGUGUCAAGUGCUAGGAAGUACGAUGUAGGUAGAGAUGUUAAUGACUCAAAAACGUCUUCCUUGAACAAAUGGUUGUCGGAAAAACAAGAUGAGGUUCAGGCCAAAAUAGUAGAGCUCAAGAAGACACAAAAUGGUAACAAAAUAGCAGCCAUCAGUGGAAUGUCGGUCAUUCCCGGUUGGAUUAUUCAAUUUGACUCUCAGGUUAACAGACAUUUUACCAAGGGAUAUGGAACAGAAAAGUCGAUAGAACCAUUAUGUGUUCCCAUGAUGCACUCCUUCUCCUUAUUCCAAACCAUGGCCACCAACGAGGCUAAUGGCAUAUUCAUCCCAUUCACAGCUGCACAUAUGGGCAUGUUGAUUCUUUUGCCGAGAAAGGGCGUUACUUGCCAGGAUAUAUUGAAUAACUUAGACAGCCAGAUAAAUGCUGAAUUGAGUUUUUUCAAAAGAAUUCACUUGACACUGCCCAUAUUCAAGUUCGACUUUGAAUAUGAUAUCAGCAAAAUUCUGGAGAAAGUAGAUACUGGUGGCAUGUUUGAUAAGUUCAAGUUUAGUUCGAAAACAAAAAUAACAAUCGAUGAAUUCCCGAUUAAAACUGUUGUCCAAUUUAAAUCCAAUUAUUCUUUGAGUAAAGUAAAUGACAUUAAAACACGGAAUACUGAAGCAUUCGAAGUUAAUCGUUCAUUCGUCUUUGUCAUCAAGGAUAGAGAAACAAUAUAUUCAGUUGGUCGUAUUGAAAACUUGGAUGGACUAACUGCUCAAGUGAAUUGUUCAAAGGUCUAACUGAAAAUAAACGAAUCAAUAGACUUUGUAAUGAUUUUAUUUGGUCAUAUCAAUAGAUCUGAAAUCAUUCCAAUUCAACCCUUUGAAUAAAUGAACAUUUUCU